UUCCGUGUUUAGUUUGGUGUCUAAUAACAACAUAUCAAGUGAAUAUAGAAAUUUUGUUAAAAUCGGCUAACUCUCGUCCUUGAGUUUUAUUGAUAAUGUACAAGGUGUUUCCCGAGCAAUGAACGUAACAAUUGGUGAUGUCAGUGAAUACAACCCAGACUCAGGCCAGAAGGAUGGCAAUAAAGAGAAGCAAAGACUGGAAAACAGUGCUUUUAUUGAUAACCCAACACAGGGAGUGAAUACAAUCUUAACUAUGAAUCCACCUCCGCCUCCGCUACCCGGUGUGUUUGUAUUUGAUAGACCUAAACAGUUGCAACAGUCUUCACAUCACGUAGACCUGACUUGCAAUGUGAACAGUGAUUCAUACGACAUGAUCCAAGGUGGAAAUGUCCAAGGUGACGUCCAUUCAACUUCAAGCUUUUAUCCAUGUACACCUACUAGUGUUCAGUCUUUAGAAAUUGGUGCGAUUUCAACAAGCAGUGGCAUGUGUCAUAUUCAGUCACUCCAACCGGUUACUGUCAGUUCGUUUGAAGAUUCUCAUAUUCAAUCUGAAAACAAAGUGUAUCAUCAACUCAAUUCUAUAUCCCCAAACCAUUAUAAUCUUCUAGAAGAACCUAAAUUUUAUCACGAGAUGUCACCUGUUUCUGUAACUUCCAGUUUACCAAAAGAGGGUUAUGAUUCAAAAGAGUACGAGUAUUUGAUUCCUACAACUGUUGUUGAAAAUCCUUCAAACUUUUGUAAUACUUUCCAAGAGUUAAAACCACUCAAACAGCAGCGUAAUGAAAAUCCUAAUUUUGCCACUUCAAAAUUGUAUCAGCAACUUUGUCAGCCUUUGAACAAGGAAGAGAAUAGGAAUCAAGAGACGGAAAAAGCUGAACUAAGGCCAUUAACUGUGAUUGAACUUGAGCAAUCCAGUAGAAACAAGACUAUUCAAAAUACACAGCAACAAUAUUCAAACAUUCUAGGUGUAAAUCAGUCAAAACCAACUUAUCCUUCAUCGCCAAUUAGAACAGAGCAAACUUAUUCUUCAUCGCCAAUUAGAACUGAGCAAACUUACCCUUCAUCGCCAAUUAGAACUGAGCAAACUUAUUCUUCAUCGCCAAUUAGAACUGAGCAAACUUAUUCUUCAUCGCCAAUUAGAACUGAGCAAACUUAUCCUUCAUCGCCAAUUAGAACUGAGCAAACUUGUUCUUCAUCGCCAAUUAGAAGUGAGCAAACUUAUUCUUCAUCACCAAUUAGAACUGAGCAAACUUAUUCUUCAUCGCCAAUUAGAACUGAGCAAACUUAUUCUUCAUCGCCAAGUAGAACUGAAUACAACAAAUUUCAAAGUCCUACGAGAGAAACAGUAAUCAGCAAAGCUGAUUCAAAACUUAGUGUGCUAUCAAGUCAAGCCAAAAUCACCCCACACACUCCCUACUUCCAGAUCGGGUCCAGUAGCAGAUCCCAAACUGGUUUUAAAGAAGGUAAAAUAUAUCUGGAAUUGAGAAAUCCAACAAUCAGAUCUGAGAUAUUAAAGUCUUCAGCACAACAUGGUCACCAACCCAUCACUCCGCCCAAAAAUAAAAAUAAGAAUCUUCCUUCAACACUUCCAACUAGUUUUCAAGUUUCACCUAAAUCGCAAAAACUUCCUGAAUUCAAAUUACCAGGGCCUUAUGAAUUUAAGCUGCCACAACAAAUAUCCCCUAAUAAGAUCAAAUUGCCCAAAAUUUUAGGUCAUAACGAGUACACAAGUUAUGAAAGUAAUCGAGAUCCAUAUUUUGGAAACAAGAUGACAUCAACCUCUCUAUUGACUUCCCCCUCUACACUUAUCAAUAAAAACACUUCCUUCAACGGGCCAAGGAACAAAGUUGCGCUGUCCCUUCCAAAAACUCCUCUCUGUUAUGGUGAUCCAGGAGUUAACAGUAAAGUAAGUCAGUACUCGGGUAGUACUGCUUUUGUCAAUAGCAAGUCAGAGCAAACAGUCGUCCAGCCAACGUCAUCCUUAGACCAAAAAAGUUUGACUUCUAAUGAUAAGACCCCGCCAAUGAGUAGUCACUCAAAAUUGCUAGAAGAGUUGCUAAAACCUAAGUUGAGUGUUAACAAGUCAAGUGACAGUCACCAAGAAUGUCAAAAUCCAAAUUCAUCUUUAGACAAUAGAGAUUCACAAAUUGUUAGUACUCAAAGUCAAGAUAGUAAAAUGAUUCAGGGUACUUCCAAAGUUGCACAAAAUGUCAAACACCGUAGUGAUUUUAGUUCUCCUUCAAAGGCCAAUACCCAGAAACCUUUUAACCAGAAUGAUCAGUCAAAAUUAAGUCCAACUGAUACUAAAACACGCAGUGUCUUUGUUGGAAGGCCUAACCAGAGUAAAGACUUUAAAGUUACACUUUCAAAAGCUACAACAGUCCAUGCCCAUGAAGCUUUAGAUAGGUUAGAAAACGCUGAUUUAGGAACAAAUGAUUCUUCAAAGCUACCAGGAACGGAAAUAAAACAAACAGAGAAUCAAGCUUCUUUGGAAACAAAUUGUACAUCCAAACCAACGUUUUUCAUAAACUUAUCCGCAGAAACUAUUAAUACUGCUAAAAUGUCUGACCAAGAUAACCAAAGUCAAUAUUUUGAAUCAUCAAAGUCUGUAGAAACUAUUAAUACUGAUAUAAUGUCUAACCGAUGUAACCAAAGUCAAUCUCUUGAAUCUUCAAAGUCUGUAGAAACUAUUAAUACUGAUAUAAUGUCUAACCGAUGUAACCAAAGUCAAUCUCUUGAAUCAUCAGAAGUAGCCAGUGUUACAACAUCUUAUAAAGAUUCUAUGCCAGUAUGUACCAAUCAGUUAACGUGUAAGCCACAAGUAAAUGUAGAUAACACCAAUAAUUUGGAUAUCGUAAAACAAAAGUUGUCCAAACAUGUUACCAUAAGUGUUUGUUCAAACUCCCAAAGUUUAACUGAAGUAAAUAAAAAACCACAAAGUUUAGGCACUUCUAAUAUAACUCAAGCAACCUUAUCAAAUCAGUCUGAUCAAGUUAUUCUAUCAGAUAAAAUCAAUAUGGAAGGCUUGGGUAGUCGAUUGUCUGGAAACUUAAGCAUCCUAUCAAGGCAAUCAGUUGAAAAUAUGUCUGCAAGAAAGGUUAGCUCCGCACCAACAGCUCAAGUUGAACGAAUCUGUAGUGUAAGCUCUGAACCCAAUAAUGUAAAACUUAACAUUACCAAUGAGAAGGGUAGGAGCUUAAGUAUUUUGGCUGAUUUAAAAGUACCAAUGAACACAAAUGUCAGCACACAAGCAACUCCAGUCUUAAUAGGUAGAAGUUGUAGUGUUGUUAUGGAGGAUGUUCUCCAUGAUAAGAAAAUCAGUCGUUUAGUGGAUGGGAGUGUUGUUAAAUCGUUAGAAGGGAAAGCAUCAAAGAAUUCAUCCAAUGAUGUCAUAUCAGAAAAAAAUCUAUAUCAAACAUUGGAUGCAAGCAAUAUAUCGUACCGGAUUGAGGAGCCAACGUCUCUAGAAAUAAAGGAAAGAGCUAUUGACAACCCAGAAGAGAAACCAAGAAAAAAAUAUGCUAGGCGAAUUUACCCAGAGAGCGGGAGAAGAAAGCUUAUUGGAAGGAAAGCAUCUUGGGGAUUGAAAGAGUUAAUCAGGCUUGAGAAAAGGAGGUACAAGAAAAGAAAAGUUAAAAAUCUUGAUUUGAACGAAGGUUCAAAUGAAUCUUUGAAUGAUUCAAAAAACUAUUCUGAUGAAGAUUCAUCAAAAAACAAUUCAAAGCAUACAGCUCAGUUCGACAAAUUUGUUCCACAGAAUAAGAACGUUUCAACUAUAAAGAGGUUGAAGAAGGAUGCUUACUAUAAAGUGGGAAAAAGGAAGUACAUCAAGAAAGGAGCAGUAGCAGGAAUAGGAUGGAUUGAUAAACAAUACAAACCAAGGAAGGAAUACAAAUUGGUUGACCCUUUAGCAGAAGAACUGAUUUCCGAUGAUGAGGGCGAAGCUGUUUUUCUGGGAUUUGAUGUAGAUGAUGACGGAGAAAUGAUCCUAGGAUUUGCAUCAGACAAUGAUGAUGAAUAUGAUAUGUCUGGAGUGCAAGAGCCUAAUCAUCGGUCUGUUCAGUCCAACCUUCUCUCUAGGUUGAACACUAUUUCUCGUCUCAAACUCAUGUUCAAGUGUCCCAAAUGUUCCCGGAUUUUCAAUUCACAGCUGCAGUAUAAGAGACACUUUAAGCGGUUCCAUCUGGGUGGUAAAAUCUUCAGAUGCAACAAAUGUUGGAAAAAGUUUUCAUCCAAAGCCUACUUAGUGAAACAUGUGUGCAAACCGGAAGAGGAAAAUGUUUCUGGUAAAAUGUAUAAAUGUAAUACUUGUACAAAAGGUUUUGAAAGCAGAAGAGGUUUGAUGACACAUGAGGGAAGUCACAAGGAAAAAGAAGAAAUGGAUAGUAUUUCUGUUAAAUGUUAUGAAUGUGAUAAAUGUCAACACGUGUUUGAUUCCAUACAUGGGUUAUAUAUACAUGAAGGUCGUGCUCAUAAGGGAAUACGAGUAGAAGAAAAAGCUUAUAGGUUGAUGCCAAAAAGGCCUUCUGGCAAAAUUUAUAGAUGUAAUAAAUGUCGAAGACGUUUUAAAUCCAUGAGAGCAAUAAAGUUGCAUCUAGUGUUUGCUCAUGCUCAUAAGGGGAAAAAGUGUAAUCAAUGUGAAAAAGUAUUCACAUCUGAACACACAUUAAAAGUACACAUAUGUAAAACGAGGAACACCCACGAGGAAAAAGAAGAAACGCCUCUGGAGUUUGUACCUGACCAACUCUCUGGUAAGAGUUUUGAAUUUAACGAAUUUGAUAAGGAAAAGGAGUGUAAUCAUUGUCAAAAAGUAUUCAAAUCUGAACACGCAUUAAAGGUACACAAAGGUAAAAUGAAGGAAACCCACAAGGAAAAAGAAGAAAUACCUUUUGAGUUUGUACCUGACCAAGUCUCUGGUAAGAGUUUUGAAUUUAAUGAAUUUCAUAAGGAAAACGAGUGUAAUCAUUGUCAAAAAGUAUUCAAAUCUGAACACGCCUUAAAGGUACACAAAGGUAAAAUGAAGGAAACCCACAAGGAAAAAGAAGAAAUACCUUUUGAGUUUGUACCUGACCAAGUCUCUGGUAAGAGUUUUGAAUUUAAUGAAUUUCAUAAGGAAAACGAGUGUAAUCAUUGUCAAAAAGUAUUCAAAUCUGAACACGCCUUAAAGGUACACAAAGGUAAAAUGAAGGAAACCCACAAGGAAGAAGAAGAAAUACCUUUUGAGUUUGUACCUGACCAAGUCUCUCGUAAGAGUUUUGAAUUUAAUGAAUUUCAUAAGGAAAACGAGUGUAAUCAUUGUCAAAAAGUAUUCAAAUCUGAACACGCCUUAAAGGUACACAAAGGUAAAAUGAAGGAAACCCACAAGGAAGAAGAAGAAAUACCUUUUGAGUUUGUACCUGACCAAGUCUCUCGUAAGAGUUUUGAAUUUAAUGAAUUUCAUAAGGAAAACGAGUGUAAUCAUUGUCAAAAAGUAUUCAAAUCUGAACACGCUUUAAAGGUUCACAAAGGUAAAAUGAAGGAAACCCACAAGGAAAAAGAAGAAAUACCUUUUGAGUUUGUACCUGACCAAGUCUCUGGUAAGAGUUUUGAAUUUAAUGAAUUUCAUAAGGAAAACGAGUGUAAUCAUUGUCAAAAAGUAUUCAAAUCUGAACACGCCUUAAAGGUACACAAAGGUAAAAUGAAGGAAACCCACAAGGAAAAAGAAGAAAUACCUUUUGAGUUUGUACCUGACCAAGUCUCUGGUAAGAGUUUUAAAUUUAAUGAAUUUCAUAAGGAAAACGAGUGUAAUCAUUGUCAAAAAGUAUUCAAAUCUGAACACGCAUUAAAGGUACACAAAGGUAAAAUGAGGAAAACCCACAAGGAAAAAGAAGAAACACCUUUUGAGUUUGUACCUGACCAAGUCUUUGGUAAGAGUUGUGGAUUUAAUAAGUCUCAAAGAUUAUUGAAAUCCGAAUUAGUCGUAAAGAUACUCAAAGGUCAUGUCUACAAGGAGAAAAAACCCACCACCUUUGAGUUGGUAUCAAAACAAGUCUCUGGCAAGAGUUAUGAGUUUGAUAAAUGUCAAAGAUCAUUGAAAUCCGAUUUGGCAGUAAAGUUGAACGCAGAACAUUCUCAGGAGGAUGAAUUAGGAAUUCUGUCAAAGCAUAUGCCUAACCCUAUUUCUGGUAGGAAUUAUAAAUGUUAUAAAUGUAAAAAAAUAUUUAAAACAAGAAUAACAGCAAUCAUUCAUGCAGCUAGCGUCCAUAGUAAAAAGGUAGCUGGAAACAAACCACCUAUUAAAUAUACAGAUGAGAGUUACAAAUGUCCUUUAUGUUUUAAAAGGUAUCGGUCAAAAGGUUUUGCUAUGAUACACAUUAAAUAUGUCCACAAGGAGGAGAAAAGAGAAUUAGAUCUUAAGUGGCAAUCUGACAGAAGUACAAGAGAUAAAUGUGGUGAAGACAAAGAGAAUUUGAAUGAUGUGACUAAAAUAGUCACUAUCACCACACAUAAUGGUGGCAAGAGGUACAAGUGUUCCAAAUGCAAUGCAGGUUUUCUAACCAAUUGUGUUGCAAGAAAACAUGUUAAGGAAAUGCAUGAUACGAUGCAAAGUAAAAUAAAGGUGCAUUCAAAAAUGCCGAAUGAGACUUUUGACAAUCAAGAAGCUGUGGAUUUGGCUGCUAGAAAUGCAAAAGAAGAAGAUAGAAAUGGAGAAGAUAUUAAUUCAACGAAGGAUCCUCUCUACCUGGGGCAGGAAAUGAACAAUACUGGUAGCAUUAAUCAAGAACCAGAGAUAAAUAAUACUGUUGAAAACAGACAAUUGGAAAUUGAGUCAAGAUCACAACCCGAACUGCAAGAGAGUAAACACAAAAUUCAAGGUGAAACUUUGUAUCAAUGUGAAAAGUGCUUGAGGUCCUUUCAAAAAUUGGCUAAUCUCCAAAGGCACAAAUUGUGCCACAAAGAGGAAGACAUUAACUUGGCUUUCCCUUGUGCUUACUGCAAUGAAAAGUUUAGUUCUAGGGAUUCUCUCCAUGCACAUUGGUCUGUACACUCAGAGAAAAAACUGUACACCUGCGAUAUUUGUCAAAGCAAUUUUUCAGCUUUGAACUCUCUGAAAAGACACAAAGUUUUACACUCGGGCGAAAAGCUUUUCCGCUGUGAAAUUUGUCAGAAAGCAUUUAGUUUGUUGAGCACCCUGAAAACACAUCUUUUAAUCCACACUGGAAUGAAGAAGUUUGAAUGCAAGAUCUGUGGAAAAACAUUCAACCGCAAAGAUGUUCUCAACACUCACCAACUCGUCCAUACGGACGAGAAGAAGUUUAAAUGUGAUAUUUGCCAGCAAAUGUUCAGAUGGAGACACGCAGUCAAAUCACACAAACUAAUUUACCAUUCGAAAGAAAAGCCCUAUGUUUGUCAAGAGUGUGGAAAAAGUUUCAGUCAUCCAGAUUCGUUCAAGAAACACGCUGAAGUACACGCAGACAGAGUGUUUAGUUGUCAGAUAUGUUCAAAGUCCUUCUCGAGAGCUAGCGCUCUCAGAGCACACACUCUAACUCACACAGAUCUGAAACCCUUCGUAUGUGAGAAAUGCCACGAAAAAUUCCGCAGCAGGAACCAGCUGAGGAUUCAUCAAGCUGUUCACAGCCGAGAAAAGUCUUUCCUCUGUAAGUUUUGCAAUAAAACUUUCAAGAAUCGAAAACAACUUUGUAGACACAAACAAAAAGUCCACUUUCACACUUUUUCCCCCAAAACUGCACCUAGUUUACCAGUAGAUAGUGCAACGGUGUCUGAUGCCCAAGUUGACAAUCAUCAAGAUCAGACUGAAGAUGUCGACGACUCUGAUAUAUCCUACCAUUUUAUUUCUUUACCUGAUGAAAAUGUUCAUAACUUGCAAGAGAAUAUUGUACCACAGUCACUUUUCUAGCACGUACCUUUAAUGUGAUGAAUUUAUCAUUAGUAAUUCUCUUUAGUCUUGAUAUACUCUGUAUUUUGCAUUUAACUUGUUUAUAUUGUAAAUAGAGAUUUAAAAUUGUGACAUUCCAGGUGCUAAAAGUAGAACAAUUUACAAAAAGUUCUUUGUUUUAUUUGUUUGUAUUGACUAAUUUUGUAUUUUUAGUACAGUAAAACCUCACUAACUCGACAAUUUUUAUACCCAGAGGUUGUCGAACUAUGCAAAACAUUGAAAUUUAAAUGGGUUUUUAUAAAUGAAUACAUAGCUGACUAAUUUGUGCGUAUAAAUUAAUUGCUUUUCCUUCAAUAAUCUUCAAAAAAAUUUAGAAUAUUCAAUAAUUAAAAGAAAAUGUUCUUAAAAAAUUGCUAGAAAAGUCUAAUGCACUUGUAAGACAAAGCCAGCAAGAUGUAUUGUACCUUGUUAGCUGUUUAGACUGUCGAGUUACCCGAUAUCAAGAUAGUUAGCUUGAGUUAUGCUGUAUUGGUAAUAAUUUAUCCCUUUGAGGGCUAACUAUGUGACUUAAAAGUACUUAGUAUCACUAAUUAAGUUUCCUAAAGAAUUUUUUUUUUUUUUAUUUCCAAACAAUUUGACCCAGUAAAAUUUUGGAUUUACUUUCUCUAUUGAAUUUGGUAUAGACUCAUUCAUUCGUUUCAAAAACUUAAGCUGAAAUCAGGUUAUAAAUACCAAAUCCAACCCCUGACCCAUAACCCCCUGACCCAAUGUUUUGAACAGCUUUUCGACUGACCUAAAUAUUUAAGUAACGUUAACGUAUUAGGCUCCUGUCGCUUAGUCUGCAGAUCUGCCGCGACAGGGGUAUUUUGCAUUAAAUACAUUGGAUAGUUGUUACUGCCUGAGAAUUCUAAGCUAGACUGAACUUAAUAUAUGUUGCACAUAUAUUAUCGUUUUCUGUGGUUCACAACCUGUUAAAAAUUAUUUCAGUGUUUUUUCAGAUCCCUGCACAGUACUUGCGCUCAUUAAAAUACCAUCUAUAUAUUGUUUUCGAUACACUACUGUGAAAUCACCUGUUUUCGUUAUAUGUUUAUCAAAGGCUAAAACUCAUCAUUACAUUGUCUAUUCAAAAAGAAUGUUUACUAUGCAAAGGUAAUGUUUACUAUAUUUUUUUAGGUUUUGACGACAUAGAAAAACAUACAUUUGUUAUUGUUUCAUAAACAGUUUCAUUUUCAACAACCAAAACUGUACGAUCAAUGUAAAUUUGAAUUUGCAAUAGAAGGCUUAACCUAAAAAAUGCUAUUAGUUUUUAAAUGUUCCCAAAUUGUAAUAAAGAAAAAUAAUGCCUAUAUCUAUUUUUGAUUAAAAAUAAUUAGUCCUUGUUGUGUAGUGAAAAGUGACACUAAAAACACAAGUGAAACAUCAUUAGUAAUUAAUUACAUAUUCUCGGCCAUAUUUUUUUAAGUGCUUGAUAAAUCUCCCACUUUAAACAUAUGGUCUCAAAUAUCAUUGACUAUAUAUAUACCUACUAUAUAUACCUGUAUAUUUUAUAUAUACCUGUAGGUAUAUAUAGUCAAUGCAAAUAUGUAACGACUCACUUUCUACUUUUGUUAUAAAAUAAACUAGGCCUCCAUAUUGCAUUUUUAAGAUUGUUUACCUGUGUACAAUUUGUUGCUUGGAGUUUGUUUAUUUUGCUUUACAUGUGCUUAACAAUGUUAAUUAUUUAAAACAUAAGAAUUGGUCAAAACCAUCCAUAUUUAGCUAUGUUAAGGUUCAAUUUCUCAGUGAAUACAAAAUUAGCAUACAUGUAAUGUCAAUUAUUUGUAAUAUUAUUUAUUGCUGGUCAUUUACAAGUAAAACUUAAAUUAUCAAUUAUCAAAGUUAACUCAAUUUAUAUUCAAACUUACCGGAAAGCAACUAAAAAAUGUAUUAAAGGUACUUUAAGUAUGAUACAAGCAUUUACAUUUCAGUCAUGUUCUUUUAAAGGGAAAAAACCAUUUUCAGAAUAAUUUUUGUAUCUGCCUCUCAUUAUUGUUUUGUUAUGUAUAAUAAGUUUUUAUUAUUAUAUACAAGUUAGUUAUAUAUAGAAAACUGUGUUGUAAAAAUACUUGUCCGUGUUAAAAUUUAUAUUUUGUUUGUAA